CUCUAACUAGGCGCCAUUACUCGAGGCAUCUGCCCCUCCAGACAACGUGAACAGAACUCGUUCUGGCCAAGUUGGCCCUUACAACGACGCGAAUUUCAUCUCUGCAUGACCCUAGAAAGCCGAACAAAUCUUUCUUGUCGUCCUCUCGAGACCGGAGUCAACCUCCCAGUGGCGCGACGUAAAUUCCAGGCGGCUGGGCUGCUUCUCAGGACAACACAAGACAGUCGAUCAGACUCCGUGAUGAACACGACACGAGUUCGGAAAGCGUUCAAAUACCCAUCGGACGACGAUGGCACUGAUGUAUCGCACGAUGAGCUGGACGAGCAAGAACAAGAAAAUCUCCUGACCAAACUCCGCGCCUCGGAAUCAUCGACGAACGCACAGUACACCCUAGUCUUCACCGUGUUACCACUGAUCGUCUCGCUGCCGUUCUUCUGGUACCUCUCGAUCUCGACCACAAGAACGACGGAGCUCCUGUGCUUGCUGAGCAUCACCUCGCUCGGCGCAAGCGCGUAUAUCAUGCACUUUGUCCCCAUCGCUGGCUCAUCUUCCUCCUCGUCGUCGUCGUCAGCGGCGGCGCGAUCGGGACAACGACAACCUCCCAGCUCGGUGUUCGGCACAUGGGCCUCGCCUUUGUUGACGGUCUCAGACCAAAGCCCUAUCAACCAGUACUUGCCUUAUCUCAGCGGCUCCAUCAGCGCGCUGUUACUGCUGGCGGCAUGGGGCUACCGGUCGCGCACAGACGUACCCGAGGGACUGUGGUUGUUUCUACUGCUGCCGGCGGUAAUAUUUGGCAUGGUGUUCAUGGCGAGGCGCAGCAUCAUCGAGAUUCAGACAGGCUUGGCCCAGUUGCAGGGCAUGAGGUAUGAAUACAAAGGGGCGUGACGGGCGGUGGCGGUUGCUUUCGAAUUAAUGACUACCUAUGGAGAGUGGAAUCAGGGAGGGUUUCAGAUUUCGGGUGUCGAUUGCCUUUGAUGAGCAGGCGUGAUAUUGCGCUAGUAUACAGACGUAUGUGACUUGCGGCUCGACGAUUCUAUGUGAGGCACGUGCCAGGCUCGCGACACGUUAAUGAAUAUUUGCCGUUCAUGAUCAAGACUCUCAGACCAGCGAGCAAUGUCUGCAAAAGAAGG